AUGCGUGGUCUAUCAAUGACACUUGCACGUGAUAUUCCAUUGUUUGCUGCUUACUUUCCAGCAUGGCAAUUCUUUGUUUUAUAUUUUUCGCCAACUGGUAAAGAAGCUGACAUGCCUAUGCAUAUGACUUUAGUAGGAGGUGCUUUUACGGGCAUUGUUGCUUGGGCUGUAUCAUAUCCAUUUGAUGUCAUUAAAAUUCGAUAUCAAGCAGCAAGAGAUCAUGCAUAUAAAAAUGUAUGGGAUUGUGCAGUUAGAUCAUUCCGUAUGGAAGGAUGGGAAGUAUUUACACGAGGAUUUUUACCGUGUACACUUCGUGCUAUUCCAACAAAUGCGUUUACCUAUCCUGUGUAUUCUUUUUUUAAAACAAACGUUUGA